CCUCCAAGGACGUCCGAACACAACCCAUUAGACAGCCAAAGCACUUUUCCCUUUAGACGUCCCUUUAUAUUCAUCUCUAUCUCAAUGGCCCCUGUCGCUGUCGCACCUGUUACCUCCACGGAUAUUAUCCGUGACAUCAAAGCCUCUGUCGCCCGUACCUCCCCUGACACGCUGCUUGAUCUCCUUAGCCAGGCGGCUUCGUGUUACCCAGACCACGAACUUGGCUUCAUCACUUCCUCUGCACACGACUCUUCAAUUCAGACCAAGACCUUCGCCGAGUUCGCCCAGUAUGCUCGUUCCCUUGCUCAGGCUAUUCGUGCUUGGGGAAAGCCCACAGGCUCGGUCGUUGUCGUUUAUCUGACUGAGCAUGAAGAGAACAUGGCCGCCGUCUGGGCUUGCCUUCUCGCCGGUCUUGUCCCUUGCCUUCAGCCUGCCCUUAGUGCCCAACAGUCCCAUAAGGAGGGACACGUUGGACACGUCAAAGGUCUCUUCGGGUCCGCUACCUGGUUGACCAAUGAGACUGGCGCUGAGCAACUCCUUUCCAUUCCUGAUAUCGACAUCCAUUUGUUCUCUGAGCUGAAGGAAUCCGCUGCUACCCAAGAUACUUCGGAGUUCAAGGCACACGAGGCAAAGGUUGACGAUGAAGCCAUCCUAUUCUUGACUUCCGGCUCUACCGGUUUCUCAAAAGCUGUCGUCCACACGCACCGGACUAUCCUGGCCGCUUGCUACGCCAAGGGCGAAAACUACGGCUUGACCUCCGAAACCAAGAUUCUUAACUGGGUUGGGUUUGACCACGUUGCUGGAUCCAUCGAAAUGCACCUGGCGCCUCUUUUGUACGGCGCCUCCCAACUCCACGUACAUCCCUCCGCUAUUCUUUCAGACCCCCUUCUCUAUCUCCGAUUGAUCGAGGAGAAGUCAAUUGAAAUCGCUUUCGCGCCCAACUUCCUCCUAGCCAAACUCGCACGUGAUCUUGAAAAGCGAACUGAGCUUUUCGGCACCUUCAGCCUCUCCUCCCUCCGCCGGAUCAACAGCGGUGGUGAAGCUGUCGUCAGCAAGACCGCCCAGACGUUCGCUGCCACCUUGAAAAACCUUGCUAAAGACUUCAACUCGUCCUUCGUCAUUGCUGCCGGUUUUGGUAUGACCGAGACAUGUGCUGGAUGCAUCUACGAUGGUAUUGAUGUGCUUGCUACGCCUCCGGCCCACGAGUUCCUUGAACUGGGUGCCCCUAUUCCCGGGUGUGAGAUGCGCAUCGUUGACCCCGCAGACGGUGUCACCCUUCGCGCUGAUGGUGAGAGCGGUGAACUCCAGGUUCGCGGUCCCAUGGUGUUCGUCCGUUACUACAACAACGCCGAGGCGACCUCCUCCAGCUUCGUUGAAGGAGGCUGGUACCGUACCGGUGACAUCGGUAUCAUCGAGAACGGCAAGAUGCGUUUGAGCGGUCGUAUCAAGGACACCGUCAUCGUUCACGGUGUCUCAUAUGGUAUCCCUGAGCUCGAGACUCACCUCCAGAAUGUGGAUGGUGUUACGCAUUCCUUCCUUGCUGCUGCACCAUACCGUGCCCCUGGUCAGGACACCGAGGGUUUCGUCGUCUUCUACUCCCCUACUUUCAACCUCAAUGAUGAGGAUGCCGCAGCCAAGCUCUAUGCCACCCACCGUGCUCUGCGCGACGUGUCUGUCAAGAUGAUCACUCUCCCGCCCCAACAAAUCAUCCCGAUCCCUCUCGAGCAGAUGGAGAAGACUACCCUCGGAAAGUUGUCAAGAGCCCGCCUACUUAAGCAGUUCAAGGAAGGCCAGCUUGCUCAGCACAUCGUCCGUGCCGAAGAAUUGCUCGCUGCCGCACGUGGCGCCAGCUUUGUGGCACCCACCACUGAAACGGAAAAGGCUCUGGCUGGCAUCUAUGCCGGCAUCUUCAACAACAAUGUCAGCGACGUCUCCGCAGCCGAUAACUUCUUCGAGCUCGGUGGCACUUCCAUCGAUGUCAUCAGGCUCAAGCGCGAGGGCGAGGCUGCAUUCGGUCUCCCUGAGAUCCCGACCAUUCAAAUUCUCAAGCACCCUGUCCUCUCUGACUUGGCCAAAUACAUCGACGCUUUGUCCUCCAAGGGCGGGUUCCAGGAGGAGUAUGAUCCUAUCGUUCCCCUGCAGCUUACCGGUACCGGUACACCGAUUUUCAUGGUUCACCCCGGUGUCGGUGAAGUGCUGAUCUUCGUCAACCUUGCCAAAUACUUCCAAAAUGAGCGUCCUUUCUAUGCGCUCCGUGCUCGUGGCUUCGAACCCAACCACCCCUUUUUCGGUUCCAUGGACGAGAUGGUUUCCAGCUAUGCUGCCGCUGUUAAGCGCACUCAACCCAAGGGACCUUACGCCAUUGCGGGAUACUCGUAUGGUGGUGUCGUCGCUUUCGAAGUUGCCAAGCGCUUGGAGGCCAUGGGCGAAGAAGUCAAGUUCACCGGUCUUAUUAACAUUCCUCCACACAUCGCAGACCGCAUGCACGAGAUCGACUGGACGAGCGGCAUGCUCAACCUCUCAUAUUUCCUUGGCCUGAUUACGAAGCAAGAUGCUGUUGACCUUACCAAUCCCUUGAGGCGUCUCUCUCGCAAUGACCAACUUGAGCUUAUCUGGAAGUUGUCCCCACCUGAGCGUCUUGUCGAACUCCAAUUGACUCCUCAGAAGCUCGACCACUGGGUCGAUAUCGCCGGCUCAUUGAUCGAGUGUGGAAAGGAGUACAACCCAUCGGGUUCAGUCCAAUGUGUCGAUGUCUUCUACGCCAUCCCUCUCCGCGGCAGCAAGGCUGACUGGCUCAACAACCAGCUCAAGCCAUGGGCGGGCUUCAGCCGCGGCGAGCCCUCAUACACCGAUGUCCCCGGACAGCACUACACCCUCAUGGACUUCGACCAUGUGCCGGGAUUCCAAAAGAUUUUCCGCUCUCGUCUCGCUGCUCGUGGGCUCUAAGCUACAUGCCAGGGGGUUGUCGCACAUGGGGAUUUUUUUCGCAGGGUCAUAUACAUAAUGUCAUUUAGGAUUUGCUCUCUUAUCUAGGAUAGUGUCUGCGCGCUGUUUUGUCUUUAAUCAUGUAUCUACUAUGAUCGCCAUUACCCUUUAGAUUGCCACAAUACAUGUACGCCAUUUUAUUCCAGUUUCUCUUGUCAUGUGUCAAGCGCCUUGUGAAUAACUCAGAAGAGCUGCAGAUUGGCAACAUGGUUACACUAUCUGGUUACUCUGCAACCAGCAUUGAUUGUACUUGUGAGGCAGACAAAGGAAUUUGGUUUUGCCUAGCUACGAGUAGAGUGGGUG